UUUCCUCAUUUCCUCAAGUUUUUGAAACAAAAUUACUUUGAUCCUUGAUUUCGGAAAGUAGAACUCUUUGUGUUUGGUUGACGGAUAGCGAUGGGCAAGGUGAAAAAAGGAAGUAUGGCGAGCAGAAAAGCCGCACGCGUGAAUCCAACAGGUGUUGUGGAAGCUGAGGAGGCAGACACAGUGCAGCCUACUUCAGAAAUGUCAAUUUUGCAAAAGCUUGCUAGUCCAUCCCUUGAAGAGAGGCACUGCUCAUGCCUCUCACUGGCCAAUAUCGUCUUGGACGAGGAGUCGGCAACACGACUUUUGGAAGAGGAUCUUGUGCGCAAGAUAGGUCCAUUGCUUGUUGACCCUGACCGAUCUGUGAGAGAAGCUGCAGCUGGAGCACUGCGGAACCUGUCGCUCUGCCAGAACGAGAAGGCCUGCGAGCAGAUGAUAGCGGCAGAUGUGAUGACGCCAGUCAUCGCAUUGUUUGUGCAGGCUUUUGGUGAGCUGAAGGAGCCAGGUGCUUCCGAUGCUACUGCAGCAGCAGCAGUAGCAGUUGCUGGUUCUGCUGUGGAAGCUAAGGACAAAGCAUUUGCAGCUGACCGCCUGUCGAGCUGCGUUGAGCAGACGCUACAUCUUCUCCUGAACCUGAUUGAGGCGAGCCCUGUAGCUGUUGAAGUGUUCAACCGAGAAGGCCUGCUUUCAUCAGUCAUUGAGUGUGUACAGCCAUCUCAGUUCUCAGAUGCUGUCGUAUCAGCAGCAGCGCAGUGUCUAGGGACGGUCAGUGAGAACAAUCCAGCCGCUGCCAACAUCAUUCUCUCAACGCCUGCCCUGAUCCAGCAUUUGACCAGCCUUGCAACAUCCCUGGCGCCAACGGAGGCGAACGCUCACCUACAGGCGAUGCUGGCAUGUACACUAUCGAAUUUAGUUCCGAAUUCUUCAUCGGAUGUUCAGCUAUCGCUGUUGCCGAUCGUCUUCUCCGUCACUGCACACGCUCUGCAGAUCGAUGGCAACACUGGCAUAUCUCGUGUGUCGGCCAGUCUUGUUGGAAUGAACGAAGAAAACCAGGAGGAGAGUUCUGAUAUUAAGUUGCUGAAGAGUGUCUUAUCAGCACAGCAGACUGUUCUGGAGAUCAUGACGAACUUAUGUAGCAUUGAAGAUGGUGGUGAUGACGAAGAUGAGGAAUGGGAGGAUGCUGGUGAUGCUGAUGCCGAUAUGGAGGAUGAGGAAGUGGCCGAUGACCCGGAGGAUGCCACACAGUCUGUAGCGAGCAACGGAAUAACAUCUUCCAUUGUGGUCAAGCACCUUUCCAGUGCUCUCAGCGAACAUCAACUGUUGGCCAAGGUUGCUGAGAAGUGCGAAGGCGUGCCGUCCCAUCUUGUGCAGAUGCUGGCAUGCAGUGAGGCAGGUCGAACAGUUCUAGGCAGGUGUGAGCGAGUGCAAUGCCGGGCGUUGACUACCCUGCAGGCACUCUCCUCUGCAUUGCCUGUGGAGGCUAUUGGCACAGCGGAUACCCUGCUCAAACUCUGGACAAUGGUAUUCAACGCCGCCAAUCAGCCAGGUGUUUCCAGUGGUUUGCUCGAGGCUCUUACUGGCACGCUUAGGUCGACGGCGGUGCUCCUGAAAAAAACUCAGUCGUGCGUACCUGUGGAGCACGUACAUGCCCUAUGCCAGGCAUGCAUGGUGGCCAGUAACGCGCAGGACGUGAAGAUCAACGUCUUGGCCACUCUAACCGUGCUGGGUGGCAUACUUCUUGCUCAGCCUGGCCAGCUGGACACUCUGACAGUGAUGGCCAAAUGCUUUGUGGACUCUGCCAGUCAUGCAACGUCAGUGCGUGCAGUCAGCGAAGCACUGGAUGGUGUCUUUGAUGUGUUUGCCGAUGGCGGAGAGGUGGGUGAUGCUGCCGUGGCUGCGUCCGGUAUGCUGGCUAGCCUUCGGCAGCUUGCACCCAAGCUCAAGACCCAGCUACGUCAAGGUCCUCGCUCAGUGGGCCGCGAUUACCCAGUGUUGCAGUCCGCUCAUCUAAAUCUGGUGCGCUUUCUAAAGUACAUGGCCAAGAAAAGCAAGGGUGCAGCAUAGCCAUGAUACGUCUGUUGAGUUGCCUGUGGCAAGCGGAAGGAAUGUUUAGUCGUGACAAGGUGGUAUAAACUAUAAAUCCCUGUGCACCUUGAAGGUGUGAUCGUGUACGUCCUGUCGCCAGGAGAAACACACACACACACACACACACACACCAGGUUGAUGAAGUGGUGGCUCGUGACAAACAGGAGACAUGUGCCAGCGGUAUCUCUGCGGCCUUGUCGCCCUCCGGUGUGUGUACUUGUUGCCUCAUUGCGGUGCAUCACCAGCUGUUCAGACAAGUAUGCCGUGUCUUGGGAUCGCUGCUAGCGAAGGAGGCCAUUGCAGGCAGAACGUCAUGCUGGGAGAUGGACGUUGGGGCUGCCCGGCAGGCCAUGAAGAGUGACAGUGAGCGCGGAUAGCUGCUGCCGCCGUAGUGAGAGAACGCAGACAAUGAAUUGCUGCUUGGUACUCUACUGGCAGUACAUCUUCCGAGCAAACGGCUCCAUUCGGUUGUCUGCUGUUCCUGCAAGGCUUGGGGGCGACGGGUCUCUUAUCUGUUGCGCUCAUGUUGAAGUUUUUUUUAAAUCCCAUACCGCUAAGCAAUUAUUUCUUUGCAAGUCUCCACAUAACAGUUAAAAUCAUUUUUCUUGAAGAUAAAGAUACGCUUUUACCUUCUUUUUUUUCGGAAUGAAGUGCCUGCUACAAGUUCUUCCCUGGUGCUUAUUGAAUAAGGCAAUUGCAAUUUCGGAGCAGCACUGCUGUAGCAAUGUAACACUUGA